AUGGGUGAAAGCGCAGGUGGUGGCCUCGCUGCAGCCAUCGCCAUCCUCGCCAGGGACAGAGAGUUAUCUCCUCCCCUAGCCAAACAGAUUCUUGUCUAUCCUAUGCUUGAUGACCGUACCGACAAGGACCUCACUGGCGGCCUCGCGAUCUUUGGGCACCAAGAUGUCUUGACGGGCUGGAUGUCAUACUUGGGAGAUAUUUACAAAGCCGAUAAAGUGCCGCCAAUCGCUGCACCAGCGCGUCUUGAGGCUUUCGAGGGUCUUGCUCCUCUGUACCUGGAUUGCGGUGGGCUCGACAUGUUUCUCCGAAAGGAUGUUGCUUAUGCUCAACGGUUCAUCGAGGCCGGUAUUACUACUGAGCUUCACAUUUAUCAAGGUGUUCCGCACGCUUUUCAGCGGUUUGCACCUACUUCUGCUGUGGUAAAGAGGGCUUUCGCCAACCGUGUUGCGGCAUGCACAAGCUUUUGA